AUGAGGUUCAUCCAGGCGACUGCGCUUCUUUGCGCCGUCGCAGUUGAGGCCUCGCAGCACAACCACGGUCAUCAGCAGCAGCACCACCACCACCACCAUCAGCGGCAUCAGGAUGUGCCCGCGGUGGAGAAGAGAGGAGGCAGCUGCGCGUUUCCCACCGAUGCAGGCUUGGUCGCUGUUACACCAAGUAUGAGUAACGCCGGCUGGGCUAUGAGUCCGGAUCAAACUUGCGAGCCUGGCAGUUACUGCCCGUAUGCUUGUCCUCCUGGACAGGUGUCGAUGCAGUGGGAUCCGGAUGCGACUUCGUACUCUUAUCCUAUGUCAAUGAACGGUGGUCUGUACUGCGAUAAAAAUGGGAAUAUCCAAAAGCCUUUCCCCAGCAAGCCCUACUGUCAGGAUGGAACCGGAUCCGUUCAGGCUAUCAACAAGUGCGGCAGCCAGGUCUCCUUCUGUCAGACUGUUUUGCCCGGUAACGAGGCCAUGUUGAUUCCUACUGUGAUUGAGGAGACAGCAACCCUUGCGGUUCCGGAUCUCAGCUACUGGUGUGAGACUGCGGCUCACUUCUAUAUCAAUCCCCCUGGCUAUGGCCCCGAGACCGCUUGUGUCUGGGGUACUUCGGCCAACCCCUAUGGCAACUGGUCUCCUUAUGUCGCAGGCGCAAACACCGACGGCAGCGGCAACACGUUUGUGAAGAUCGGAUGGAACCCAAUCUACCUCGAGCCCUCGACUCCAUUCCGCAACGAGCUCCCUGGGUUUGGUGUUUCUAUCGAGUGCGAAGGCAACGGAUGCAACGGCCUCCCUUGCAGCAUCGAUCCUUCCGUCAACGGCGUCAAUGAGGUCAGUGGAAGUUCGACCGAUGGUGCUGGCGGCGCUGCGUUCUGCGUGGUCACCGUGCCCAAGGGAGAAACGGCGAAUAUUGUUGUGUUUGAGUCCAGCGGCAGCGACAGUGGAGAUGACACCUCUACAUCCUCUUCUGCUGCCCCUAGCACUACUACUACAACUACAAGUACAACAACAACUACUACUACUACUACUACUACCACCACCACUACAGCACAGCCCACCACCACUACUACCACCGCCUCCACUACUUCCACUACCUCCACUGUCAGCUCUACCAAGACUAGCUCUUCGUCGUCAUCCAGCACGUCCUCCACGUCUAAUCAGGCCACUUCAUCCUCGUCGCAGAAAUGGUCUAGCGAAUUCGAAUCUUCCUCCAGCAGUGCAGCCUGGGCGGACUACACGUAUAGUCCGCAUGCCCUGAUCGAGACGGGCAGCGGAGGAGACACGGUAGCUUCGACGACAACAGAAGCCAAAGCGGCUUCUCCCAGCUCGACAUCCGGAGCGAAUAUGAAAAACAGUAAUAUGGCCAUCUCUGUGGUGGCUGUACUUGCCGCCAUUGCAAUGGUUUAA